UUCGUCCGCUCUCGACCCUUGACAGAUGAACUCCUUCUCAUGCUCUAACCACAUUCCCCUCCUUCUCCAACGCCCCUCCCUGUCAUCGAUAUCAUGUCCAUGUCCGAUGCUCAUAGGUAGUCCUUUACGUGAUACGAGGCCGUGACCCAACAAGUGUUGCAGACUCCGAGGGGCAAUCUUGGCACUUAAUUAGAGGUUGCUGCAUAUCAUGCAUAUCAUCGCUAUGUGAGCUUCGUACAUCGUGCGCUGAAAAUCAAUUCUCCACUUUGACAAUUUGAACACUUUUUUUUGGGGGGGAUCGCAAUCAUGGUGGCCAUGAAUCAAGACUACAGCCAGGGGCUGAUGAUUGGACUUGGUGUCGUCUUCAUGAUCAUCCCCGUGGCUUUUGUUUGCUUUCGAGUGUGGGCGAAAUUUCUAGGUGCGCGCAGGCUAGGUUGGGAAGACUACUUGUGCUUCGCAGCUUUGGCUGUGGCACUCACAUGUUCGAUACUUCAAGUCGUUGCGGCUGUUCACGGUAGUCUUGGACAACAUCAAAAUGUCGAUGAGAAAGGAAUGCCAAUACUGGACGAUCCCGAGUUUCUGGUCUAUGAACGAACAAAGUUCGCCGUAAACAUUCUUAGCGUUGUCAGUCUAGGAUUGAUCAAAGCCUCCAUUCUUCUCUUCUACAAGAACAUAUUCAGCACGCGCGCAUUCAAAUGGGCCGUGUGGGUCAUGAUGUUCCUUGUCGUGGGAUGGACUGUGGCAUACUCCUUCGCAAACCUCUUCACCUGCUACCCAGUCACCCCUCUGAUUGAGCCGUUCUACGGCAACAAAUGCAUUUCUGGCGUUAUAGACAUGUGGCUCUCUGUUGUAUACACAGAUCUCAUCAUUGACGUGGGCAUCCUUAUUAUGCCGAUUCCUAUGGUGGUGCGACUCCAGCUGCCCUGGCAACAGAAACUUGGAAUCAUGGGCAUGUUUCUUCUUGGCUCAUCGGUGAUUGCGAUCAGUGCGACUAGAUUGGUCGUGUUGAUAAAAAUCUCAGAGGAAUUCGCGGUCCACUUCAAUGACGCUACUUAUUAUACCUCCCCUGUAUUUUUCUGGACCAACAUUGAGCUUUCUCUUGCCGUCGUUUCGUCGUGUCUACCCACUCUCCGUCCAAUCUGGACGCAUUUCCGUCCAUCGAAACCCUCAACAAAUCUCGGAAACACAGACUAUGAGCUUGGAAAUAGAAGGUCAAAGAAGUUUGCCUCUGAACAAUGGACAGAGAUUGAUGAUGCGGAUGCUUUGGUUCCCGGUGUGGACACCUCCAUUCAAGCAACGGAUGCACCGCAUCAUAGCGGCAAUGAGAUUGCGGAGCGAACUGCCACUCCCCCGGGCCCAAGAGGUGGCAUAUCGGUUCACACAAGUGUGGAAACGAAAAGCGUGCGAAAUAUCAUAUGA